AUGCGGCUGAGUGCAAUAGUAAAGAAAGUGCUGGAGAAAGAGAAAAGAGUGCGGAUUGUCAUCCUAGGCCCAGACAAUGCAGGAAAGACAUCUUUACUGAAGGCGUACAUGAACAGAGAAAUAAACGAUAUAAACCCAACCUACGGAUACCAAAUAGUGGAAAUAAAGAAGGAAAUCAAUGGCACCACGUACACUAUAGAGAUAUUAGACAUAGGUGGACAGAAGUCCAUACGCGCGUACUGGGACACGUACUACUCUGGUGCAGACGGCGUGCUGUUCGUAUACGAUACGUACGGAAGCGAAGAGUACAAGAAGAUAAUUGAAAACACAAUCAGCCAUCCCACUCUCAGAGACGCAGAGUUUGUGUGCGCGUCAAACAAAGUAGACGAGAACAUGCCAGAAGACAGGAAGAUCAUUAGAGUCAAAAAACACAAAAAGGAGCAGACUGUUGAUUUUGAUUUUAUGAAAGAAGAAGAUGAGAACAGGAAGGAAGAAACAGAAGGAAACAAAAUAUCUGAAAGUUUUGCAGAAGCAGAGAUAGAAAUAAUGUACACAUCAGCAAAAACAGGACAGAACGUUGAAAAAGCGUUUUCAACUCUUAUAAAAAAUAUUUUAGAAAGAAGAAAAAAGAAUGGCAUUCUGUGUUAA